UACUGGGUGCAUAUUUCAGUUUGGCUGGUACAUUUUCAAGAACUUAGCGGCAUCCUUCAAUAAUCUUACCUUCCAUUUUCGAUAAUGUAUCUAAUAAAUAGGUAUUAGGAAUUAGAUUUCUAUAAUAGGGUAAGUAAAUAUCCUGUCCAUAGCCGUUCCAUGUAAAAUAUUAAAGCUAAUUUUGCGCACACUGUAAAUAUUUGCCUAUUUUAUGUCGUAACGCGAAUAAACGGAACUAUUUCGAGUUCGGCACGAAAUAUUUGAGAUAACAUAGUCUUGAUAUUUGCACGCGGUUUUAUAUCUUUAUCUAAAACGUCAACCUUUCGAAUAAAAAUCUAUUGAACAAUCACUUAAGUUAUAAUAAUCACAGUUUUCUUUAGACGCGGGUUAAUAUUUUGACGAAAAUAUUCCGUGUUUCUUUAUCCUUUUACAUUGUAUGACAAGUGACACACAUUCCUGUCUUUUUAAUGCCCGCGCAAGGACUGCAGACUGCGCAGAAUAGACAUUGAUACCAUUAACAAUUUGUUUCGGAUCGGACUGGUUGACGACAAAACAAACGACGUCACGAAAGUUACUUGCGAAUAUUCGAGAACGUGUCAAUUGUUUACAACGAGUCACAGUGUGCACAAAAUGUAGCUAAUGGCGACGUGGCGGACCGCAGAGUAACACAUUACACAAUAGCGGAGCUGGGCGAACGAGUAACACAGACAGUGUGCCGCAGUGACGGCCGUCCGUCGAAUGAUUAAAUUUCAACGUUGGUGGAGCCCUAGUCGCGCACCGGAGGGGCGUGGGUCGCCGUCCUUGCGUCGCUGCUACUAGCCCGCCAGCAGUCGCCAUCCGCGCCCGAGAGACGAACAAAGAAAAACAGGAAUCUAAAACUAGUCCGGUGUUAAUGCAUAUUACUUACUGCAUUUACACAACAUGAGUAUUUCCCGAAGGAGUGUACGUUAAAGAAGUUUAAGAUCGUUGAUUUUUAUAUUGUUUUUUACCAAGCUGCUCAAGCGGAUCAAGAUUGGCCAUCGGCCGUAUACGUAUUAAAAUGUCUUGGAUAAUAAGCCAUAAAAAUGGAUCCGGAAUACGAACGGAAGUUCGAAGAGAUGAAGCAGCACAUUCCAUUGCUGGAGAAUAUGAUCAGGAGGCUGGAGACUGCCUGCACUGGACCCUCAAACCCUCGGCAGGCGCAGCUCGAUAAAAUCAGAUCAUUAAGACUCCUGCUUUUAGACAAGAAGAAAAGAAUGAAAAUGGAGAACUUAAUCAAAUGUGAACAGGUUUUGCUUAACUUGUACCGAAAAGUAGACGCCACAACCAAAAUGGAAAAGAGGGACUUUAAACCAAUUGCUAAAAAGGCACCAGAUCCUGGGUUUGCUAUAGAUACACCUACGGCCCAAGAAAAAUCUGACUUAGAAGCUGUCAGAAGCAAACUCAAGACUGUUGUGAAGACUGAAGAGACACUGCCAGAGAUUUUGAGUAGAGGUGAAGUAGAGGAAAUGCGUACUGCUGGUUCUAAAGAGCCAGCUCUUUUUCAAAGGAGACCGAACAAACCAUCGUUGUCCCCGUCUCUUCGAUCUCCAACAAAAAUUAAACAGGAAAAGUCAUCGCCUCCACCUUCAGCAUCGAAACGAAAUUACACACGAGUGCUCGUCUCACCCGAUACUUCGUCGCGAUGCUGGUCUUCAUCUGAGGGCACGCCAGACAAGCCUCUAUUCAGUAGACGAUCACCACGAAGGUCACCUAGAAGACCUUCCCCCUCAUACCAUAAGAGAGAAAGAAAAAAAUCCAAGGAAUCGACAACACGCAAAUCUACUAAAGGCCUAAACAUUACAUUGAAUGUGCCUGAAGACAGUUUAAGCACAUUAAAUACUAAAGAUAUAUUCUCAAGAAUCAUCAAUUGCAAAGAUGGUGACGUAGAUAUUGAUACUUUAAGGGAGUUACGAAAGCAAAUAUUAACAGAGUUGAAGAAAACUGGUGCCAGGGAUGACAUAUCUGACUUAAUAUUAAAGUCUUACAAAAAGAAGACAGCAUCGACAUCUAAAAAGAAGAAUGUAAGAGAAGAAGUCGAAGAAGGAGAACUAUCAGAUAGCGAGAGUGAAGUUAUUGAGAACGUGUAUGGUAGUUUGAGUGGCAACUUAGUGCUUAAAGAUGAAAAUGAACCAAAAGAUGCAGUAGACAAAGAAAAGUCGCGUAAAAUUCAGAUAUGUCUUAUGUUAAACUCUGAUAAGCCUAAAACUGAUUCUUUAAAUUUACCCAAAACUGCUGACGUUUCCGAAUUAGAAAUGUACGACACGGAAACUAAAGAAGUUGAUAAAACUCAGCCAAUAACAGCGGAACAAUCAUCAGCAACUAAAAGUAUUGAAAAUGAUACUCCAAAUAUAUCGAUUGAUUCUCACACCAAAGCUUUAGCCAGUGAAGAAGUAAAUAAAGAUACCAAUGAUAAAAAGCCAGAAGAACAAGCAACACCUGAAUCAAAUACAAUAAAAGACAAUGUAAAAAAUACUGCAAACUUUUACAAACCAAUUGCUGAUGGUUUUGAAUCAGAAACAAAUAAAACAGAAGAAAGUAAAACUGAACCUAAUGCUAAUACUGAAAGUACUAAUUCUGAAGUAUCCGGACCUGAUAAAGAUACCCAAGCUAAGCCAGCAGAAUCUAUUGAAGCACAAUUAGAGAAAAUGGAGCAGAAAUCUGUUGAAAUUCCAUUACUUCAUGAUAAAACAAUGCCACAAAAACCAACUAGCAGUACAGUAUCGGAAAUAGAUAUAUUACAAGCUCUCAAAAACGAGAUAUUGAGUGAGACUAUAACAAUACCAGGUGCAGAAGAAACACCACAUUUACAUCAACCGAAAAUAAAUAAAGUGGCGAGUGCGAAAGAAAUUUUACCUAAAGUAAAAAGAAUAUCUAUUGAAAACUAUAAACAGAAAACUGAAGAAUUCAACAGAAAAAUUAAGGAUCCGAUUGUACAUUAUUUUCCUCAAAUAGAUUCUAAAGAAGAUUCGAAUAAGAAAUCUAGUCUUAAAUUAACUGAGAAGGAAUGUGAAAGAUUUAACAUACCAACGAUGUCUUUCAACGAUGAUAGUUCAGAUGAUGACUUAAUCACACCGGCUGAUUUAUAUGACGACCUUGGUCAUAACGACCUCGCUCCAAAGUCACCUGAUCGUGAAGAUGUUAAUAAUGUUAAAUCGGCGCCUCCUGUCAUUAUACCAGUGGACCCAGUGAAGUCAGUACCGGUAGUUCCAAAAGCCGAUGUAGAUAUGAGAACUUUGCCGAUGUUGUCUCCAAACAAUAGUAUACCUACAUUACCAUUCGGCAAUGUUGCAGGACUAUCGAGUAAUGAGACAAAACCUGCUAUACCAACCGACCAAAGUAAAGGUCCAAGUCGAGCCCCAAUAUUUGAUCCCCGUAUGAAAAGAGAUAUUCAAUCCAGCCAAAGUCCUAGUCCACGAUCUCUUAAUUCCGACAGAAUGCAAAGAUCUGUAUUUUCGAAUAUCUCUUCAAGUCCAGCUACGAUGCCUCAUCAUCAGUCAUUUGACAUCGAACCAAAAAACAAACAUGUAUACGUUCCGUCGCUUGGUUUGGGUGAAACCAGAGAAACCUCAGUGGCUAGAGACGCGCGAGAUAAGCCAGAAUUGCUAAGGCAAAGCUCAAGUGACAUGUCUCAGAGUGCACGAUACGGCGGCAACUUUACCGGUGAUUAUGGUACUGGAAAAAUGCGUCCACAGACUCCUAUAAUACCUUCAGAGAAGUCUAAUAUAUUUGGGAGAACUGAUGAUAUUUCUACGCCAGGUUACAUGUUUGGAAGGGCUGAAUGUCCACCGACACCAAACCAUCCAUUUGGAAGAGCCGAAGGUCCACCAACUUCGAGUCAGCCGUUUGGCAGACUCGAAUGUCCACCAACUCCAAGUCAUAUGUUUGGAAGAGCUGAGUGUCCUCCAACACCUAGUCACUCGUGGACUGAUUGUCCCUCUACACCAAGCCAUUCAUUUGGAAGAGCUGAAUGCCCUCCUACCCCUAGCCAUUCCUUUGGAAGGACCGAAUGUCCUCCUACACCCAGCCACCCCUUUGGCAGAUCUGAAUGCCAACCUACACCUCUUCUUUCUUUUGGGAGAGCCGAAUGUCCACCAACUCCUAGCCAUGUUUUUGGCAGGGCUGAUUGUCCACCUACGCCAAGCCAUCAUUUUGGAAGAGCCGAAUGUCCACCUACACCCAGCCAUCCUUUUGGAAGAUCAGAAUGUCCUCCUACACCAAGUCACUCUUUUGGAAGGUCCGAACAUAAUCAGAAUCAUAAUUUCGCUAGUAACUCUUACAUGCCUGAAUACUCUCAGACUUCAAAUAUUCCACUAACACAAACUCCUUUCUUUGGAAGAAAUGAGUGCCCGCCGACACCGAACCAUCAAUUUACUAGAUUCGAUGGUCCUUCGACAAAGAACAAAUCAUAUGGAUUGCUUGAAUGUCCAAAAACACCCACUCAUCCCUUUGGUCGCUCGGAUGGCACGAUGAAUAACUAUGGUAGACCGGAAUACAAUGCUCAAAAGUAUACUAAAGAUCCUAGGCUUAAUAGGAAAUCUGAGUACGAAAAUAAUUCUCUAUCCAAUGAGAGGGAUCGAGGAUACAAAGACCGCGGUUAUUACCGUGGAAAUUCUUACAAUUCACAAAAGCCUUUCAGCGGGACAGAGAAUUAUAAAAGCCAGGAUAGAGAACAAGAUCGAAAUAAUAAGUUCAGACGUCAAACAAGUAGAGAUAUUUCAAGACGUGAACCAAGCGCCGGACGCUCGUUAUCUAAAGAUCAUGAAAGUGAUCAAGUGUACUCAAGAGAACGUGGUCAAUAUGGUGGCUAUGAAGAUAGGCAUAGUAGCCACAGUGAAAGAAAUGUUGGACGUAGUAAGUACUCUAUCGAUAACCGCGACAAGAGUGUUGGUCGGUAUUCACGCGCUGAUCGUGAAAAGAGUAUUGGACAGUAUUCACGCGAAGAUCAAAGACGAUCUUCGUCUAGAGCUCAAAGCAUUGGAAGAAAUUCCUCUAUUGAGACAGAGAAAUCUUUGUUGUCAGUAAAACCUUCCGCCGGCCGUUCAUUCACUAUUGAUACCAGUACUAAUGUAACAUUCCAGAAGUUUCUGGAGAAAAGCAAAGGACAUCAAGUUUCCGAAUAUAACUUUGAUGCUAGAAGACAGAGAGCAGCAAGUGUUGGAAGAAUACUUACCCGUGAGUCUAGUUGUCAACGUGAUGAUCUACAAGAUGAUCUAAAAUUAAAUGUAGAAAAGAGAGACAAAAAGGCAGAUUAUCGCAGAGCCUCUAGUGUAGGCAGAGAUUUGAUUGAUGAUCAGAAAGAAAAAAGGAGCUUCCUAGAAAUUAAGGCUGAUUUUAAAACAUACGUGCAUCCUACUAAAGAGUUUGACACUGCUAAAAUAAGAAAUAUUGAUUCAAAAUCCAAAACUAAUACAGAACAAGGUUUUCGCAGUAGAAGAGAAUCUUAUGAAAAACAUAAGGAGGAAAAGCGAGUUGAUAACUCGUCAAAAUCUACAUAUUCUCCUAGGAAGAACCCUAGAGACCCUAGAAUGCGCAAAGAAACAAAACGAAGCAAGAAUGAUAGAUAUGGCGAAGACGUUCGCACAAAGAAAGGUGGGAUAGUGUACUCUAAUGAUAAUAUUGUUAAGGGUGCUAUUUUAGCUUCUGGUUAUGGUGUCAAAAAUUACAAGAUUCCUAAAAUCAAACGUCCAGUCGAGGAAAAAGUUGCAGAAGAACCGACACUUAAAAAAUCUGAGACUACUAAAGAGAGUGAGACUACUAAAGAGAGUGAGGCUACUAAAGAGAGUGAGAAAAAAGCGAGUAAACCUAUAAGUGCAGAAGAAUCUUUGAAAUCCAAAGAUAAAGUUAAAGAUGUAACACCGAAGUUAAUUAAUAAAGAUGUAUCGAAAGAAAAAGAGAAUGAGGCCUCUACAUAUAAAAGUAAAGAGACACCCAAUUGGAUUACUAAAGAACCUUCUGUAUCGUCUGAUUCUGAAACGGAUGCAUUACAAAUUGAUGAGACCGUUAAACCUAGUGAAGAAAUUGUUGAAAAAAGAGUAACUAGGCGACGCAACAGACUGUCUACGUCUAUUUCUGAGAAUGAAAUAGUUACGAAACCUAGAAAAGCCAAGAAAGCAAUAAUAAGUGAUUCGGAAUCUGACACAGAAAGUAAGAGUAAAGACCGUCCAGUUUCAAACAUAAGAAAAAGGAAAAGUAAAGCAGUCAAUGAUGACUUUGAUAAGCUUACCGCAACCCCGCCAUCAGGCAGUCCUGUUAAAGUGAACACUAAAGCUAAACAAACGAACUUGGUGGAUAUUCAUACUAAUUUCGGAUUAGAACUCGAAAUGUUUUCUGAAAAUGUUGCCUCGGACCCUGUUCUCGAUAAUAUUAAUGCUUUGAUUGCAGACUUAGAUAACGAUCUUGAUUCCGCAUCUAAAAACGAACCAAGCAAUGAUUUCAUGAAUGAAAUAACUGUUGAAAAUAUGAUGCAGAAUAUUACUACUCCACAGGACACUUGUGAUAAUGGAGAAGAAUUUAACCAGGUACUUAAAGCAGUUGAUGAAUUGUCUAAAACAUCUGAUAACGGAAUACUUGGUAUUUCACCAGCUGCUACUACUAAAGAAAGUGAAAGUAAUAGUAAUAAAGAUACAGAAACUACACGGGAUCUAGAAAAUUCUAAAGAUUUAGAUAAAAAGAAUAUCGAUCAACAAAGUCCAAAAAGGGCAAAACCUGCAAUAACCUCGGACAAAAGUCAUAAAGUCGAAGAUAAAAAUGUUACUUCUGAUACAUUACCUACUACUGCAAACGAUAAUCUAGUUUCCACUACUGAAUCUAAGAUGGAACCGGUAGUAACUGAAAAUAAACUUAAAUCAGAUGAGCAAAGUAUGGAUGGUUGCUCUACCCCGGACAGUACAAUCAAUACCGAUGAUGUUUCGGACAAAAAUAAUAGUGACACCUGCGCAGCUGACAGUACCAAUGAAGAAAUACAAAGCGAAACUAACGUAACUUCUACAGAAACUGCCGAACCUAAACCUACUUCCUCAGAUACAGACAAAGCUUCUGAUUCAGAACUAGGAAAUCUACUAACUGUUCUGCAAGAUAAAUCUAAAAUCGAAAAAUUACUGUCUAUGUUGGGUGGCCAAUCAGAAAAUGAGAAAAUUAGAAAGAAACUAGAAAAAUUAAAAGAAAUUGUUUCUGAUGAUGAACAGGAGGAUAAUACAGAACAACUAGAUGAAAAUAAGGACAAACAUUCCGCUUCGAAUGAUGAUAUAAAAGAUUCUGAUGCCAGUCUAGUACCCGAAGCCGAUGACUCGAAAUCAUUUCAAGACGAAAGUAUUAAUGAUGAGGUCCAAGAUAAUGAUGAUACCUUUAUUGAUAUGGAGGAAGAAGUUACCAAAACUGACGAAACUGGUCCACAAGUCACAAAAACUGUAGUAAAAAAGAAAAUGCCCAAUAAAAAGACUAAAGUUGCCAAAAAAGGAAAAGUUACCAAAAAAGGAAACGUUAAGAAAGCUACUUCAGUUGCAGAAAAACGUGUCACUCGCGCUACAGCUAGUACAGCUGCUGUCGGGGUCGUACAAAAACCUAAAAAACCUCCACGCGAGUUGCAAAAACUUCACGAUGACAUCAAAGAGUUCAUAAGAGAUGAUAUUUUAAGUACUUCUGGUAUUAGGAUGUGUCGUUUAGCAAAAAUGAUGGAAGAUAAAACAAAGAAUGAUGAAGUAGCUGCACCAGAAUCCGAGCCCGUAACACCGGAAAAGGUAAAGAACGCUGCCGCCGAUAAAAGUCGUGACCCGUCUAUUCCCGAAAAAGUGAGAAAGAAGCCUGGCCCGAAACCUAAACCUAAAAUUCCUAUUGAAACUCCAGAACCAGAAAAACCUAAAUACAAACCAGGCCCUAAAUCAAAGACCAAAAAUACGAAGGACGUGGAUCCCUACGCAUUCGAAGUAGAGUCUUGUGGAGACACGACCACAGAGAAGAUGAGCGAUGAUGAUUCUGACAACAGCACUGAUUCCGAUGAGGGUUCUCUUGCUUCGUUAGCAUCUUCUAAAAGUUGUGGAAGUUCAGACAUAUUGGCUGACAUGAAGAAAAAGGUAAAACGCAAGCGCCCUGCAUGGCAAGAUGGAGUUAUUAAACCUAAAUAUAAAAAGAAAAAAGUAAUGGAGACCAAACCGAUUCUAGAGCCCCCUCCGGCUAUAAACCUAGCGUCAGACAAGGAAAUGACUACACUAGAUAUGGAUUGUUUCACUGAUAAAAACUACUGUUUCCGUGAGAAUGAGCUCGUCUAUCCGUGCCGUCUGUGUUCUUUUACUGGUACAGACAUAGUGUAUCAUUACAAAAAUGAGCACCCUCAUGUUGAAAUUCCCUUAUCUCGUAUGACUCCUGCGGUGGCUAAGGAAGCCAUUGAACAAUGUAAAGAAAUUAACUUCCAAGCAAUUAGCAAAAUAUCUUCAGAUAAAUACGUUUGCAUUUUCUGUUCACAAGAGUUCGCGUACAAUAAGACUGUGCUAGAAACAUUCUUCUGGCACGUGGUUAGCAUGCACACUGGCGAAUAUAAGCACAACUGUUCCAAGUGCACAAACGAGAAUCGAUGCCAAUUCUCUUUGGAUAUCCCGCCACCUCCAAAAGAUACAGGGGGUCAACUCAUCGGAUAUAUUUGCAAAAAAUGCAAUUUUACUCAACUUUCUAUUGAAAACCUUAAAACACAUGUCAUCGUUCGUCAUAAUGAUGAACAGACAUUUGUUUAUACUAUCAACCUAUCAGCGAUGUCUAAGAAGGCAUUGAAAGAUUUGUUACGAAAGCGCGAUGCGCCCGAGCCAUCAAUGCUAAAGAGUAUCGCACUAAAGGAGGAGAUUAAAACAGAUGAUGUUACUACAGACGAAACAGAGCCCAAACCUUCUGUUUGUGAACCUGAGCGAGUGCUGCGUAAGCGUACCAAACCUGAGAGCCCACUGCCGAGUAUCAAGUCUAAGAUUACAUUUGAAGCAGACGACAAUGCCAGCGACGCUCCUUGUAUAGCGAAAAUAAAAAUAGAAAAGGUAGAUACGGACGAGCAAACUGACAAUGUAGAUCAGGUAAUGCAAGACGAACAAAAAUCCCAAAGUCCGAGUGAAAAAGAACAACCGGCAGACGUAGUAGACCACCCUGUUGAGCCUCCGAGAGAUGCACAAACACCUCAAUCACAAAGCAGUGUAGACGACACAGCCAGUCAGUCCUCUGACGAUAUCGUUGACUAUCCACAUUUCAAAAUCAGUUUCACAGAAUCCGGCACCAAGGAAUACAUUUGCUGUAUUAAUGGCAAAGAUAAUCACUUCAAGACAACUCUUCUGAUCUCAAUGAAGAAACAUGUUCAAUUAAAGCACUCUGAGAAGUGGGAGGGAUAUUGUUUCAUGUGCAAAGUUAUCGUCACUCCGCAAGGGGCUCACAACUUCAGAGACUGUUUACAACAUUAUCUUGAUAAGCAUUUAGACGACUUUCCAGUGUACCAGAAGGAAGUUGUGCCCGAAACUACGCCUGAAGAAGUACCUUCUCAAGAAGUUACCUCAGAUAGUCCGACUCCUACUAAGCCGUAUAUUAAUGUUCGACCUAUCCGUGAUUUAAUAUCUACAGCAGAAUCUCCCGCGAAGGAAACCUCAAGCUUCCCGGUAAUUCAGAGUGUAGUAAGUUUGGGCACAGCGGACACUCCGCUGCUGCAGCCUAGUUAUCCGACUGUGAACACAGAGAAUAAGCCAGCCGAAGUCAUCUUUAAGUAUGAAGAGGUGCAGGCUAGAGUUAUGUCGAGCAAACACCGCGUCGUUCUAGAAAAUAUGAUGGUACGAAAUAAACUAGUGAAGGUGUUUAAAUGUGCGGGUAAAUUCUGUUCGUUCACGUCGGACUCGCCUGAGGACUCGCUUCUACAUGCGUCGACACACCAGCGCCUGGGAGGGGUGGAUACUCUGAACUGUUCGUACUGUGACUUCGACUCGAUGGGCAACGCCAUCGACCUGGUGAUGCACGUGUUCAAGCAGCACGGGCACUGCCAGUACUCGUGCGGGCAGUGCUUCUACCGCGCGGCCGCCAGCCAGUCGGUGGGCGUGCACGCCAGCAAGGUGCACGGGCUGGCCCCCGCCGGGGCUGUCGUACUACGGACUACCACAGUGCCUGCCAACCCUCCUGCUGAAGCUAACAUGCUCACUCGAGAACAAGCUGUGCCCUAUUAUUUUUGCAAACACACGGAAAGCAAUGGCAACAAGUGCAAGUUCCGCACUUACACCCCGGACAAGUUCUGUGAACAUUUGCAGCAGAAACAUACAACUGCAACAUCCCAUACUUGCUAUAUAUGCCAAUUCCAAGCUGCAAGUCCACCGGAGCUGGUGCAGCAUAUGAAGAGCCACGGCCUGAAGCUGUACCAGUGCACCUGGUGCGUGCUCGGCGCAGACAACGAGGCGGAACUGCUGGCCCACGUCGCUACCAGCCACCCGGCCAAACAACCGCAGGCUUAUCUACGUAUCAUCACUAAUAAAGAGGGUUCCAAUGAGUUAAGGGUGCUCCCACUUGCCUUCCUGAACAAAAUGAAAGUGCCCAUAGAAGAUGUAACACCAAGCACAUCUAAAGAGGAUCCAGUGAGGGAAGCAGAACGUUCUUUGGACCUAGAGAAAUUAAUAGGACUGAACAUCCUGGUGGGGGCACAGUCUGAACCAGCCCCGCCUGUUGAGACACAGGUCGCAAGCCCCCCGGAUACGAAACCGCCUAAAGAAAUAAUUCAACCUGCAGAGCCAGUCAAUACUACAGUCAAUGUUACUCCACUGUUGCCUCCAACCCUCCCAGAAACACCUGUCAACCCUCUCGCUACAAUCUCUCAAGCCAAUGUUCCUCCGCCUGCACUUUCCCCAGUGGUUCCCGCCCCCAGUGUCACUCCAGAUGACUCGCACACAGCUAGUCCUGCACCCUUCGUUAAAAUCGAAGCUGAAGAGAUACGCACGCCUCAGGUUAGUGACGUUGUCGUACUAGACAGCGACGACGAUGAGCCCAGGCAGCCCGUCAUAGACCUGUCCGAUGAAGACUCGCUCUCCAAUAUGGAUUCCCCUGCUCAGCAAGAUUAUACUAAGCAGAAAGUACCCCUUGAUAUACUCAGCACGUGUCCCAAAUGUCGACAAGUGUACAAGAACAUACAUGGAUUGAAGAAACAUCUGUUCUAUUGCUACCCCAACAAGGAGGUGGGGUGUCGGUGCGCGCACUGCCCGUACAUGGCGUCCAGCCGGGACAACAUCAUGAAGCACUACAUGGACGACCACUGCGACCGGAACAUAUACCAGUGCGGCAUCUGUCGCGCCAACCUCAACUCCAUCGCUCUCACCAAGAAACAUGUCAGGAAUGUACAUAAAGAAAAAGACGUAACUGUCACCUCGGUCGUAGAAAACGGGAUUCCCUGUUACACUGUUUAUGGGGCUAAAAAGGAUAGAGAGGUACCGAAAAGGAAAUCGAGCGUCAAUGAAAUUCCGAGCAAGCGGCGCUUCAAACCCCAAGAGAUCAACGAGCUGCCGAUAAACCCGAUCCUGGAGCACCUCGUGUACUGCGACGUGUGCGAGUUCAGCACCAAGGUGCGGCUCAACAUGGUGCGCCACCUGCAGCUGCACGCCGCGCAGCAGCCCGUGGCGCAGGUCGCGCCCGUCAACCCCGUGCCGCACCUCGAGACCAACGAGAUGCACUUCGACAAGAUGGUCAACCUGGCCUCGUCCUCGCUGGGCGGCCGCGCGGGGCCGGGCGGCGCGGGCGGCGCGGGCGAGCGGCCGUACUCGGUGGUGGCGCUGGCGGCGGGCGAGGCGGGCGGCCAGUACCCGCGGUACGUGGCGGCGCGCACGCGCCACUCGUGCGGCGCGCCCGCCUGCAGCUACACGGCGCCCGACGAGCCCACGCUGCGCCGCCACUGGGACGCGCUGCACGCGUCGGCCGCGCCCGCCUUCCGCUGCGUGCACUGCCCCGCCAGCCAGUCGCUCGACACGUCGCGCCCCGUCACGGCCGGCCGCGUCAUGCAGCAUCUCAAGAUGCACGACGAGAACCUCUACGCCUGCUCCAAGUGCCAGAUCUACCACUUCAAGCGCGAGGUCAUGGAGAAACACAUGACCGAGGUGCACCCCUUCUGCCAGCUCAUCAUCGUGCGGGAGAACGCGAGCACGGUGCCGGCCCCCGCCCCCGCGCCGCAGCCCGUCGCCGUCGGCACCAUGGACCUGAAGCCGUGGCAGUGCGGCUUCUGCCAGUUCAAGAGUAUGUUGCGGCCGGAGGUGGUGGAGCACUGCGCCAAGUUCCACCAGUCCAAGAUGCAGUUCCGUUGUGCGUACUGUCCGUACCGAGCGUCCGCGCUGGAGAACGUGCACAAGCACCUGUCCCACUCGCACGCGAGCGAGCCGGUGGACGUCAUCUACUACUACUACCGGGUGGGCUCCGUGCCCGACGAGGACGGCACCCCGCGCUGGGUCAGGCAGUGCCAGAAGAUGGCCGCCAGCCAUCCAGAGGUCAAGGUAGAGGAGCAGGAGUCCCCAGCACCGCCCGUGUCGGUGACUCCUGUGAUAUCUGCGGUCGCUUCAACGUCUGCAGCUGCAACCCUUCCAGUCGCCCCCGUGUCCGUCGACUUGAAUUUGGUGAAAAAGGAAGUAGUAGAAGAUGAAAUAUUGGGAAGUUUGGAAGAACUAUGCGCAAAGUUUGGCAAGCUGUGUGAGCCGAACGGGAUCAACUACAGGUGUCCGCUGUGCAGUGUGGUGGUGGAGGAGACCAGGGAGGCCAUGCAGUCGCAUCUGUACGAGGAGCUGCAGUACAGGAGAUGGGGAUGCGGCCUCUGCAAUUACAAAGCGUUCCACAAAACUGGACUCGUCGAACACAUGACGUCGGAACAUCGCAGGCAGUACGAUCACAUUGAGCUACCCAAGGACAUUAACAAGGAGAAGUGGGUGGCUGCCCAGCUGGACCACCAGACGGGCAUCAUACAGGCGCACAAAGCCAACUUGGCUAAACAGAAGAUUCAUACAGAGAGAGUGAAUAGACCUGGACCCUCGACUGCUGUCCUACCGACUAUAGAAAGUGUUGAGAAGUAUUCCGCCGUGCAAUUGGUUGAGGCCUUCGGGGAGUUCGGAGCUCCAAAGGACGCGAUGUUCUGUUGUCCCAAGUGUAACAGCUUGUACGGCGAUGAAGCUACCUUCCGAGAUCAUCUGGAGACUGAACUCAAUAAGAUUAGAUGGGGAUGCACCAAUUGUUCUGCUAAAUACCAGACAUACCACGAGGCACAGUUCCAUUGCAAGGGUCACGAUGGACCGUCCCGGCCCAAGGAGGCGAUACGAGACCCUUCCAUGCGAGCUGCGUGGGUCACUAAUAUUAUACAAGCGCAGAAAAAGACAGUGCAGAGUUGCUCACUCCCAGUCAGUGCAGCUGUCUCAGAACCUUCCACUCCCGAGAAGAUCGUCCCAGAGGCCGACAACUCUCUCCUUGUAGUCCGCUACGAAGAGAAAGUGGCCACACCCGAGCAAGUCGCGGUCAGACCAAGACCUGGCAAGAGACCAGCGCCGCCGGAGAGUGACGACGAACGACUCGUCAUCGACGAGGCAGACAAACGAGCCGGCGUCAAGCGAUGCCGACACUGCGAGUACUCCACCAAGUCCUCCAAAUGCUGGAAGGACCACAUGCUCAAACAUUACAACCUCAAGCCCUACUCGUGCUGCUACUGCGAGUACAGCUGCACCUCCAAGCAGGGCGUCGUGCUCCACACCAUGAAGCUGCACCCCGAGCAACCGCUGCAGAUGAAGAAAACUCCCUUACCGCCAGGAGUUCCAUAUAUUGUGUCCGCUAAGACCAAUAGAAUGUCUGAAGACGACCAGGCACCCAUCAUAUGUUUGUUCUGUGAGAAGACCAUACCUGACGCAGAAAUAGUCACACAUUUACAUGACAACGUUAAACCGGACUUUGCCAAAAAGGGUGAUGUGGUGUUCAAGUGUUGUAUAUGCCUAGUGCUGCGUGUGGACGUGAAGUCCUUGCAGGACCAUCACCAGCAAGCUCAUCCCAACUUACCCAUAAACUACGCGCUGUUUAAACUGCAGCACGAGACCAGAGAAACUCAUUUCUGUGGACAUUGUGAGAAUAUAGGAUUUAAAUACAUAAGGGACUUAAAGACCCACCACAACGCGGCCCAUCCAGGGCUUCCGUUGAAAUACUCCAUCGUGCCGUACGUACAUAACUCUGAAGAAAUGAAGAAAAUAGAGGAAGAUCUCAUUGCUCCACUUAUUCAUAAAAGCAAACCAAUGGACGCUACACAGAAAAUAAUGAAAAUUUUGCCUAAACCAAUGCCGGAACCUGUGAACAUUUUACCGGUACCAAUGAGCCCCUUGCCGAAGCCUAUCGAACCGGUGACUACAGCAAUUGAUUUUUCUAAAUUUUUCUCAAAACCUUUGCCGAAAACAAGUGCUAGGAAGUCGACCAGUAAGCCGCCGACCAGGCGUGUGGCUAUGAAGUCUACCACGAAGCUGCCCCACAGUGUCGAGGGGGUCUCGCAUUAUCUGAAAAAUGCGAAGACAGUGUUCGAUUAUGAUCAUUGCACUACUUCAAUAACUUUAUGCAACAGGACGAUGAAUUUCACUGCGAAGAAGCUUUCAGAAAUAAUGAGACUUUAUCCACGAGUGGUUGUAGUGGACAUUGUGAAACAUGGAAUGUAUAAAUCACCCCCGGAAAGUUAAAAAAGUUAAAGUGUUUACCCAACAGUGUUGAACGAUCAACUUAUUACUAUACUUGUAUUGUAGACUACUUACUACACUCGUCACUCCAAAUAUGUGUUAGUUGCUAACGUCGCUAAGCGAUCACAUUAUGCUCGUACUUUAUACUCAAGACUGAUAUACAUUUUAAUUAGUGUGAGUCAUUAGAUAUGCACAUAAAAUUAAACUUUAAAACUAUGCUAAUAAACGCGAAAAUCGCUAAUAACUUGCACUAAACAAGGUGUGUAUGGCCAUGUCCUGUUUGCUUGGGGGUAAAAUAGCCAAAUAAUAAUUGCCAAUUGUGUCAUACGUUAUCUGUGUGUCUUCAAAGCUUUGUAUACCUAGGAUUAUGCUAACUAGUCUGACAUUUGUAAAUAUCUUGUAUGCAGUUACUGUACCUAGUGGUAUAUAUAAGUUUUUCAUUAAAAUUCACUGAAUGCCACUUAAAAGGCCUCUACUCUUAUAAUACCCUAUAGCGAUGUAGGAAUUCGCACAUUUCAUUAGAAUAUAAUAUUAAAUAUGUGUACAGUCAGCAAAGUUAUUUGGUAUACAGAGACAGUAGCUACUAACAUUUGUGUAUACUUUUUUAAGAAGCCAUACCGUUUGUGAUCAUUAGUCGGCUCCAUAGCCAAUCAAUGGUUACUGUCUCUGUACUGAAUCAAUUCUUUAUUUUGUUACCUGCAUUUAAUAUAGAAAUUUCCCGAUCGAUUUCUAUCACUAUGGCCAGUUUGUCUAACUACACAAUAUACAUUAUGAGCACACAUUUGAAUGCAAACAUGCACUCUCUGUUCCUUAUUCCGUGAACCCUAUGGGACUGCAGACGACAUGUCCGGAGGUCAGGCGUAGGACCGGCUUAACGAGUGCUUUUAAAUUUGGGCUUAACAAUGGUCCUUUUACUCUGAAAAUGGCAUGGCAGUCGGUCAAUCAACCACAUAAUCAAAUAACUUUGUUGACUGUACAAUGAAAAUUUGCACACUAUUUGUCCUUUACUAAUUUUGUAUUAAUUAAUGAAUAUGGAAAUCUGUGAUUUACGAUACAUUCUUAAGAUUUACAUUUAAGUAUUAAGUAGGUAUGUAUAGUUGAUAGUUUUGAGCAUUUAUAAACCCUUUGGUUAUUUUGUUCCUUACUCUAACUUGUCGGAAAGCCGUGAAUUUGUAUCUUGUAUUAUAAGUCCAUCUCAGUAGACUUAGACGUAUCUUCGUAAACGAAUAAAAACUCAUGUUAUUAACGUAAGUGGAAUAUUUUUAGAUGUUUUUAAUUAAAUUUGUAGUUGUCGUAGUAUGUGUAAUACAUAGAAAUUAUUGGUAGAAUCGUAGACUCGCGUUUUUUUCAAGUUCGCGGCUUAUUCGAUGUUCAGUUUUGUUGUGGUUCGCCAACGGAAUAUUGAUUUUGAAGUAAGAAAUAUUUGUCUCUGUUUAAAAUAAAGAUUACACUGCAGGCAAGACAAAGUUAAAAGUAAAUGGUGAACCAUGUAACGUAUAAAAUAUUAUUGUCGUUUAAUGGUAAGCGUCCACAGACCCGCAUCGUACGCAUCGGACGGAUUGACUGCGUCCACUGUUCGGUAGCGUUCGGAUUACCGACGCGAGUAUUAGCAAUCGCAUUGCCGACGUCAUCGGUACGCAUUGCCGAUGAGCGGUCCGUACGAUGCGGAUCAGUGGACGCAGUUGUAUGAGUUUCUAUACAAGACAAACUAAAAUCCGUUGCGUGCGAUGCGGGCCUGUGGACGCUUACCUUAAAUAAAACCUUAUUUUGAUUUGCGCUGAUUUCGCUGACAUUCAAUUUAAUUAGUAGUUCCUGUAGGUAUCUUAGAAAUGUUCGCUGUCUUUUUGUUUUUUUUUAUUAUUGUAUAAAUAUAAAUCAUCAUUGGUUGUUAGUACAACGUCGGUACUAUUGUGAUUAUUUUUUGUUAAUUCUUAAGCGAAUAGUUUAUUUGCCAAAUAUUUCAAAGAAAUAAAACGAUUUUCUAAUAAA